AUCAGAUCGAAGGACACAGAGCAGAUCCAGAAUUUGCUAGCCGGCCGAGACCUUGACCUGGAGUGGCUGUCUGCAGAAGGCAAGACCUUCCUCAUGCAUGCAGUGGAACAGUCGGACGAAAGCACCGUCCAUCGACUCUUGGAUCCUGCCAUGGGAGCGUAUGCGAACACCGCGAAUAAGUCAGGUCUGACAGCGUUGCAUUUCGCAGUGAUGCGCCAGCGGCAUGACAUGAUUCGCUGCCUUCUGCACCACGAUGUGGACAUCCAGCCUCUGGACCUCAGCAAGCAGGCUCCUAUCACGAAAGCCGUCCGAGCCGGCGACAUGACGGCGGUGCAGAUCAUCUUUGACCGAGACGAGACGACUCUGCAGGUCAGAGGAGGAGACGAAUGGAGCCUGUUACACUAUGCGGUCACCAGCCGGAAAGCCGGGAGAGAGAUGAUUCACCUGCUUCUGGACCUGGCUCCGGACUUGAAAGAUGCAGUCGAUCAAGCCGGAAAGACAGCGUUGCACCAUUGCGUCCAAAACGAGCAGCUGGAACAAGUGGGUGCGUUGCUGGACCAUCAGCAUCAUCCAGACAUCGAUGCGACUGACU